AUGUCGCUCAUUCACCGACUCAAGGCGGGCGGCGGUGCUGGGUGGCUGGCCGAUCGCGCGCGAUGGUUGGUGCUCAUUGCCGCUGCGUUGGAAGGUGGCCGUGCCGCCUCACUUCUUGGCAUGACCGGUGCAGGAUGUGCGCUACUCGCCGGCAAAUACAGCCGAACAUGCGACGCUGCAGCUGGGCCGAGAAGAGUUCAUCUGGGCGGGGUCAUGUGGAUGCAUUGCGUGCGGUUGCCACGAUUUCCGGCCGCAGCUUCCUUGCCUGCCCGCACGGGAGGGUUUGGAAACAAUGGGUGCACAACCUCAUCGAGAUGGCAGCGGCUGUUGGAAGGCAACAUCAAGGCAAAAGCUUAUGUUUCUUUAUCGAUGAUGAAGCUCAUCUGGUUGCUGCCGUUGGAGGUGGCUCGAGAAAUCCAAAAGGGCUGUGUUGGCAUGCACGCCGCACACACGUUCCGCGUGACGUGGGGCGGUGCCGCUGUCGCCGCCGUCGUCGAGCCAAAAUGGUACCCACCGGAUUCACAGGCGAUGCGGUUCUGCCGCCGCUCAGCGUCUAGUGCUGCCUCGGCGCUUCCGGUGGCUUCUUCCGGCUCGGGCUAA